AUGAAGUUUGGCCUCAUUCUCCUCGGCGGGUUCGUACCUGCAACUGUAGCUGUACCGUUUGACCAGUACCAAGUUCACGAACAGCGAGGACCUUUACAUCAACAAUGGAUAAAGGGACAACAAGCCUCUGGCUCUACCGUUGUGCCCGUACGCAUUGCUCUAAAGCAGAGUAACUUGGAAAAGGCUGAAGACUACCUUCUUCAAGUGUCUGACCCAGCAUCUCCAAAGUAUGGCCAGCAUUUCACAACGCAGCAGAUCGUGGAUCUGUUUGCACCAAGCGAGCAAUCAAUCAAUCAAGUCAAAACCUGGCUGGUUUCGUCGGGCAUCCCUGCUGGCUCAAUCGCGCUCUCUAACAGCAAGGGCUGGAUCAAUUUCAACACCACGGCCAGCGAGUUGGAGUCCCUUCUCAAGACCAAGUUCUACCUGUACACCAACAACGCAACGGAUGGCGUGUACUUUGGAACCGAAGCAUACAGUCUCCCUCACGAUGUAUCCUCUCUUGUGGACUUUGUCAUGCCGGGCAUCUCAUUCACGCAGAUGCAGAAAAAGACUGCGAGAAUUGCCCACCCCAGCAGCAGCAAGCUUCAAGGCGCAUCCAUUGACCCGAACGGCACGGAUCAUUGCGACACAUAUGUUACUCCGCGCUGCAUCAGCGCCUUGUAUCAAAUCCCACCUGCCAAGCUGGCCAACCCAAACAACACCCUGGGCAUAUUCGAGACGGAGGGCGACGUCUAUUCUCAAGAAGAUCUGAACCAGUUCUACGCUGCAGCUGCACCAGGAAUCCCCAAGGGUACCGGCCCAAUCAUACACUUGAUAAACGGUGCUACUGCGCCCAACCCGCCGUCGUCCGCCGGCACCGAGUCCGACCUCGAUUUCGAAAUUGCAAUUCCCAUCAUAUACCCGCAGAAAACCAGCCUAUAUCAAAUCCAGUAUCCUGGGAAUGCAGGCUACAAAAACUUUAAUUACAUCUUUAAUGAUUUUCUCGAUGCGUUUUCCGGUCCCUAUUGCCACGACAACGGUGACGAGGGAUCUGGAAAAGAGUGCAAUGAUCUCACUCCUCCCAACGUCCUCUCCGUCUCCUGGGGUGACUCGGAAGACCCGUCGUUGGUCAGCUUUCACAAGCGUCAAUGCACAGAGUGGAUGAAGUACGGCUUGCAGGGCACGUCCGUCUUUGUCGCCAGCGGCGACUACGGCGUCGCCGAAAACACUUGCCUCGGUCCCAAACAAAACAUCUUUGUCCCAGACGGUCUAUGCGGCUGCCCGUACAUCACCGCCGUUGGUUCAACCUACCUCCCCAAGGGCGCCAAAGUCGGGGACUCCGAAGUUGCAACCGAGCGCUUCUCUUCUGGUGGCGGCUUCAGCAACAUUUUUGCCACUCCAGAGUGGCAGCACAGUGCUGUUUCUGAGUAUCUGACCGAGCACAAGCCCAGCUAUAAAUCCUACAACACAACAGACGGCAAGCUCCCCAGCUCAGGCGGCAUUUACAACCGCGGCGGCCGUGGCUACCCCGACAUUUCGGCCAUUGGAGACAAUGGUGUUGUUGUAGUCGGCGGCAGCCAAGGCACCAUCGGCGGAACAUCCAUGUCCGCCCCUCUGGUCGCCGCCAUCUUUAACCGCAUCAACGAGGAGCGUCUGAAUAUCGGCAAGAGCCCUGUCGGAUUCAUCAAUCCGGCUCUGUACAAGGCGUAUAGCAAAAAGGCAUUCAACGACAUUACAAAGGGAGAUCAGCCCGGCGGUGGUGGUUGUGGCACUACUGGAUUCUCGGCAGCAUCGGGCUGGGACCCUGUUACGGGUCUAGGUACGCCAAAAUACACCCAGCUGCUCGAGUACUUUCUGAGCCUAUAA